CUUCCGGUGCAUUUGCACACAUCACAUCCAUGGAUCUCUUCAUUGUCCUGGUGAUCUGUCUUUCUUGUUUGCUUCUUGUUUCUCUGUUGAAGCAAAGCUAUGCCAGAAGGAAGCUCCCGCCUGGCCCCACACCUUUCCCACUUGUUGGAAAUAUCCUACAGCUGGACAGGAAGAACAUCAGCAAAUCAAUAAGCAUGCUAGCAAAAGAAUAUGGCCCUGUGUUCACAGUGUAUUUUGGUACAAAGCCCACUGUGGUGUUGCAUGGAUAUGAAGCAGUGAAGGAGGCCCUGCUUGAUCGUGGAGAGGAGUUUUCUGGCAGAGUGCCUGUCCCAGUGUUUGAUAGAUACGUCCAAGGAGCAGGGCUUGUUUUGAGCCAUGGAGAAUUAUGGAAGGAGACUCGGCGUUUCACUCUCACGGUCUUGCGGGACAUGGGCAUGGGGAAGAAAACUAUUGAGAACCGAAUUCAAGAAGAAGCCUUGUGUCUGGUAGAAGCAUUGAAAAAAACCAAUGCGUCUCCCUGCGAUCCUUCUUCACUUCUCUUCUGUGUUCCCUGCAACGUGAUCUGCUCCAUCAUCUUCCAGAAUCGUUUUGACUACAGUGAUCAGACAUUUCAAACGCUGGUGAAGCAUUUUCUUGACAGCAUCAGACUUUCUAAUACUCCUUGGAUACAGCUCUACAAUACUUUUCCAAUUUUACAUUAUCUCCCAGGAAGUCAUCAUGAGCUAUUUAAAGUCUUUAAUGACCAAAUUAAGUUUUUUUUGGAGAAAAUACAAGAACAUCAAGAAUCUCUGGACCACAAUAACCCUCGAGACUUUAUUGACUAUUUACUGGUUAAAAUGGAAAAGGAAAAACACAACAAACAGUCUCAAUUUACCAUGCACCAUUUGGUCAUCACCAUAUGGGAUGUGUUUGAUGCAGGAACACAGACAACAAGUACCACAAUGAAAUUUGGACUCCUGCUCCUUUUGAAGCAUCCUGAGAUUGCAGAUAAAGUCCGGGAGGAGAUCGAGCGUGUGAUUGGCAGACACCGGAGCCCCUGCAUGCAGGACAGGAGCCGCAUGCCCUACACGGAUGCUGUGAUACAUGAGAUCCAGAGAUACGUUGACCUGGUCCCCAAUAAUGCACCCCAUGCAGUGACUCGGGACACCCAGUUCCGAGGAUACCUCAUUCCAAAGGGCACACACAUAUUGCCAUCUCUGACUUCUGUCCUCUAUGAUGAGAAAGAGUUUCCUAACCCUGAGAAAUUUGAUCCUGGACACUUCUUGGAUGCAAGUGGCAACUUCAAGAAGAGUGAUUACUUCCUGCCUUUCUCUAUAGGAAAAAGAGCUUGUGCUGGAGAGGGCCUGGCCCGCAUGGAGCUGUUCUUACUCCUGACCACCAUCUUGCAGCAUUUUACCCUGAAGCCUCUGGUUGAUCCAAAGGAUAUUGAUCCCACCCCAGUGGAUAAUGGGUUUUUCUCUGUCCCACCCUCCUAUGAGCUGUGUUUUGUUCCAGUCUGAAGAAAGCACUGGAAUCCCUCUGAGCAACACAGAUGGUUUCAGGCAUGUGUGUCACCUGUUGCCCACCCAGUCCUUACUAACAAGAAUCCAAUCUCUGAGCCCUGUGUCUUCUCAUGUUUCCUGUCCUUCAAACUCCAUUUUAAAUUUCUCUAAUGGAAGAAAGCUCAUUGUUUCAUCACCAAUAAAAUUAUUUCUGUAAAACAA